CUCGGCCCGGCUCGGACCCGGAUCCCGAGAGCUUCACCGCGCUGCGCUCCGCGCGCAGCCGCUAACUGCCCUCUUUGCUCGGAGUCGACUUGGCAACUGCGCACGCGCGGGAGUUUCUGGCAGAAGGCAGACGAGCCCGGGCCGGCGCGGGGCCUUGUGGGAGGGCUUAAGGAAGUAAAAUGGCGGACCUGGCGAACGAAGAAAAGCCUGCCAUUGCUCCGCCCGUCUUUGUGUUUCAGAAGGAUAAAGGACAAAAGCUCGGGCGUCGGGCGGGAAGGAAGCGGAGAGGCUUGGACAGCCGGCUCCAUGGCCGCGUGGCUCCCCGGCCCAGGGGAAGCGACGGGAAGUCCUCUGCAGAGCAAAAAGACUUGUCGGAUUCGGGAGAGGAGCCUCGGGGGGAGGCUGAGGCCCCCCACCAUGGCACGGGUCACCCCGAGUCAGCUGGUGAGCAUGCCCUAGAGCUUCCUGCCCCCGCUAGCGCUUCAGCCAGCGCUCCUGAAGCCCAGCUUCCUCCUUUUCCACGAGAACUGGCAGGGAGGUCAGCCGGAGGCUCCAGCCCCGAAGGUGGAGAAGAUUCUGACCGAGAAGAUGGAAAUUACUGCCCUCCCGUCAAGCGAGAAAGAACAUCCUCUUUAACGCAAUUCCCACCUUCACAGUCAGUAUCAAAAAACAAUGUUUUUAUGCCAUCCACCUUCUGCGAGCCAUCUGCAGGCAAUUCUGACUCAGAACCAGAGGAAAAAAGCAGUGGAUUCCGGUUGAAGCCGCCGACCCUGAUCCACGGCCAGGCACCCAGUGCAGGUCUGCCGAGCCAGAAGCCCAAGGAGCAGCAGCGGAGCGUGCUUCGCCCAGCAGUGCUACAAGCCCCGCAGCCAAAGGUGCUCUCACAGACCGUCCCGAGCAGCGGCACCAACGGGGUCAGUGUCCCGGCAGACUGCCCGGGGGCAGCGACAUCGGCUUCGCCUGACAACCCCGCCCGGAGGAGUCCCUCUGACGAGGCACCAGCACUUGAGGAGAAAGACUCGCAGAAAAAUGAGUCCAGCAGUGCUUCUGAGGAGAGCUGCGAGAAGAAGGAGCUUGCACAGCAGGCGUUUGUGUUUGGGCAGAACCUGAGGGACAGAGUUAAGUUAAUAAAUGAGAACGCUGAAGUAGUGGACAUGGAGAACGCCGGACACCCCAGUUCAGAAGCGCCAGCCGCCACCAACUACUUCCUUCAGUACAUCAGCUCCAGUUUAGAGAGCUCAGCCAACAGUGCCGACGCUGCCAGCAGCAAAUUCAUAUUUGGCCAGAACAUGAGUGAGCGCGUGUUGAGCCCGCCCAAGUUAAACGAGGUCAGCCCGGAUGCCAACAGAGAAAACACAGUGGCCGAGUCCGGGUCCGAGUCCUCGUCCCAGGAGGCCACCCCCGAGAAAGCUAAUAACAUUGCAGAGUCGCUGGCCGAGUCGGCGGCCGCCUACACCAAGGCGACAGCGCGGAAGUGCUUGCUGGAAAAGGUGGAGGUGAUCACCGGGGAGGAGGCCGAAAGCAACGUGCUGCAGAUCCAGUGUAAGCUGUUUGUCUUUGACAAGACCUCGCAGUCGUGGGUGGAGAGAGGCCGGGGGCUGCUCAGACUCAACGACAUGGCAUCGACUGACGAUGGGACGUUGCAGUCCCGACUAGUGAUGCGGACCCAGGGCAGCCUGCGGCUGAUCCUCAACACCAAGCUGUGGGCCCAGAUGCAGAUGGACAAGGCCAGUGAGAAGAGCAUCCGCAUCACAGCCAUGGACACGGAGGACCAGGGCGUGAAGGUCUUCCUGAUCUCGGCCAGCUCCAAGGACACGGGCCAGCUGUAUGCGGCCCUGCACCACCGCAUCCUGGCCCUGCGCAGCCACGUGGAGCAGGAGCAGGAGGCCAGGACGCCGGCCCCCGAGCCUGGGGCGGCCCCGUCCAACGAGGACGACAGCGACGACGACGACGUCCUGGCCCCGUCGGGGGCCACCGGAGGCGGCGCUGGCGACGAAGGGGACGGGCAGACGGCCGGGAGCACAUAGCGCCGGGAGCCGGCUGCCCACGAGCCUGCUGCUUUGUCCGUCUGUCUGCCCGCCCGCCCGCCCCUCCCUCCGGCAGCGUCGAGGCGCGGGGCUCGGGAACCACACUCCCCGCUGGGUGGCCACAGUCUGGAUCCGCACGUCCCGUUCAGAAGCAGACUCGGGAACUGCCUGAAUGUGGUUUGGGACACGAACCUCAUCAUAUUGAUGAGCAAAACGAAAAAGAACAUUUCUUCCCUCCCCACCUUGAAUUGAAAUGGCACAUUAAGACUUGUCACGGCUUCUCACUGGGACUGGGACCCCUCGUUUCUUCACCCCACCCUCGUCGUGUCGCCGGCUCUCCCCGCCUCCACCUGCCCGGGCACCGGGUCUGUCCACACAGUGUCACGCUGGGCCUGCUGGAUCUUCUGUUACUACUGUCUUUACCUCCCAGCUCCCACGUUCUGAUUUGGGGGGUUUAUUUUUAGACCUUUUCUUUCCCCCCCAAGGCUUUGUAUUUGGUUUCCUAGAUCAAGGCGCUUCUCUUCUGUGUGUUGAGCAGGCACGGCUCCGUCGUGGGCUGCGUCCUCGUUCCCCCUGUGGCCCCGGCCCCCAUGCUGGGGGUGCUCCCCACCUGGGGUUCCUCCAGGCCAAGUCGUGGGGUGCGAAGGGGUUGGGCCCUGGGCCUGGAGAGCCUAUCUAGAAAAGGGUCACUGGGCAUGGGAGGGCGUGGGAGGGCGUGGGAGGGCUCCCCCCCAUCCUCCUGUCUGUCCCCAUAACAUGGGUCACCCGUCAUCAGGCACCCAGGUGCAAAACCUGCUUCCUGCUGUUGGCCGUUCCUUCCUUGCCCAGCCCUGGACAUCUCUGCCCCCAAGACCGUCGAGGGCUGGGGGCCUCUGUGAGAGGCAGAGGGGGACCCUGGCAGGGCCUUCAAGGAGGGGGCAGCGAGCGGACCGGUUCCAGACAACGGGCAGAACCCAUGCUCGCAGCACACACAGGAGCGGCGCCCUCUGCCCGCCCCACCCCAUAGCGUGGCCAAGAGCCAGCUGGGUGCCGCCCGCCUGGCGGGGCCCGCAGAGGAGGCCUCUGUGCACAGGGCCCUCACAGGGUGAGGGGGAGGCCCGUCUGAGCUGUGCCGCCCACACCUCAGGGUGGCCUGUGCAGCCCGCAUCCGCGUCCGCGCCUGAGCCACGGGACGACACCAAAGGCCCUCCCAGCAGAUCCGGUCACACUUCUCUGCUUUAAGCCUUAGCCAACUAGUGACAAGUAAAACCAGAUAACGCCCAUGUGUUUUGGAACAUUUAUGUAAGAUUGUCAUAUGAAAUGUAUUUGGGAACUACAUUAAAACUUUUAACUAAAACUCUGGCCUCCCGCAUGCCCCAGGGGCCUCAGGAAGCCAGGCAACCUGGCCAGGAACGGUUCCUCAGCAGCCUGGCUUGCCCCGCACUCCACACCUGGGCAGGUGACCAAGCUUGGCUGCCUUCCAAGACCGGCCGCUCCGUGCAGAGCCUUGCGUCACAGAAGAGCAGUUUGCUUCCCCACCCGGGCGCUGCCUGGCUUCCUGGGGGAGUCACGAGGGAGGGGUGAGGGUGCUGACAGGGUUCACUUGAGCAGACCCAGGAGGAGACCUGGGGUCGGCAUGGCGUGGGCAUGGAGGGUCUCACUCCCUGGGCUCCUGAACCAGUGACCCAUCGUUGGAACCUUUGUCCCACUGACACCUGGUGGCCAAGCCGUGUCCCUGGAGACCUGGUCCAGCCGGUUCUGCGGCCUCAAUCUUCCCACAAUCCCCUCCAUCCCCCACCCCGGGGCUGCUCAGCUCAAAGCCCAGGUGAGAGGGGCCCUGACCCAGGGGUGCCGGGUGGGGCCCUACGCUGCAUGGUGCCAGCCGAGUGGGUGUGCACCGCUCACAGCUGCCAGGCGCUGGUCAUCAUGGCCACAAACUCCUCAUCCGUGUCCACAGAGGCGCUCACGCCACUGUAGUAGUCCUGGAACUCGGCCAGCGUGACCUGGGGGCAGAUGGGCUGUCAGGGGGGACCGCAGGCGUGGGCAGAGGGGGUGGUACCCGCGCACCCACCUGCCCGUCCUUCUCGGAGGAGUCAAAGUUGUCCAGGAAGCGGCGGAGCACCUCCUCCUCCGUCCACUCCCCGCUCCGCACCCUGGGGUGGGCGCGGCCGGUGUACACCCCCCGGAGGUCAUCCACAGUCACCACGCCGUCCCCGCUGCGGUCCAGCUUGGCGAACGCGGCUGUGAUGACUGCCUCCCGGACCUGGGACAUGGGGGGCUGGGGGGAGGUGGUGACUGGGGGGGUGGAGCUCGGGAGGUCCCCCGAUGUGGAUAAGCCCACAAGGACUUGGCACCCCCGGACGACAGGGUGGAGGGACUCACGCGCGGUCGAGCGCCCGGCCUCACCCGCAGUGCCCGCAGGAACUCCUCCAGGUCCAGCGUCCCACUGCCGUCACGGUCCCAGCGCCUGCACACGCCCUGCGCCUCGGCUGUGUCCAGCACCAGCCCCAGCUCGGCCAGGCCCCGCUGGAGCUCCCCUGCGUCCAGGGACCGGCUCCUGUCCCGGUCCAUGCGGCGGAAAAACCUGGGGGCAGGGGGCGUGGGCAGGGAGCGUGGUUGGAAAGUGAUCCGGGGGGUUGGGGAGGUGUGAGGGGACAGCUCACCUGGCCAGACCCUGGAUGCCCGAGGCCCCUCGGGACAGGCACUGGGCCCGGAGCUUCUCCAUGGUGGCGUCCACAGCAUCCAUGAUGGGUCAGGGCUCCCUGGGCUGCUGGAUGGGAGAGAGAUCUGGAGGGGCUCCCGCUCGGCAACCAGGCUGCAGGCCGGGUGCCCCCGCUCACUCACCUGGCCUUCGUCUGUCCUGGAGUCCGGGUAGCUGCUCCGCCUGCCUUCUGCCUUCUGCCUGCUCUGCCCAGCGUUGGCAGUGUGUCCUGCUGGGCCGGGCUGUUGCUAAGGGACGGUACCCUGGAGACUGGGAGGGGCCCCAGCUGUAACUCUCUAGGCACCAGAGCCUCAUGGCCCUCAGCAUGGCCCUGUGGGGGCAUAUGGCGGGCCGAGAGGCACAGGGCGGUGCUGUUGCUGCCGCCGCUGUCCACCUGCUGUCCUGCUCGCUUACUCCCUGCAGUGCCCAGGUCCUGGGAUAAAGCCAGGCCCAGGUGGUGGUGGGGGGGAGGGGGUCACUUCCUAACCACAAGGAGGAAGGGUGGGCCACAGCCCUGUGGGGACCAGUGUCCUGGAUGGAGGGAGGCAAGGCCCAAUUCCUGUGUGAGCUGGAGCAGGUCCCCUCCCUUCUCUGGGCUUCACCAGCCACCAGCCCCUUUUCACACGGCCGCAGCCAAAGCUGCUGAGGGAUCCAAUAUUAAAGGACUCGAGGUGACCCAGGCCCCUGUCCAGCAGGUGGUGCUCACAGCUGGGUCCUACAGACAUCAACGUUGACUUGAACAAAGCAAUUCCUGGUAGUUACUUAGGGCCAGUCAAUAUGGGUCACCUGGUGGUUGGUUUCCAGGUCUCAAACAUCACUUGGUGGGCUGGCUCAUUCAUGACAAGCCGCUGAGCCAGGGGCUCCAGUACCGGCCGGAGAGGCGACCCUGACCCCUGACAUCCGUAAUCCAAGAGGAACCAAGGCUGCCAUCACUGAAUGCCUUCUGUCGAGACUUUGGACAUCUUGCCAACCGAGAGCGUUACACCAACAGUCAGGAUUGAAAAUGAUAAUGGAUUUCCCAGGACUAAAAACGUGGGCCCCCGUUUGGGGACGCCACCACCCGCAGAGACCCAGAGAUCAUCAGAAGCUUUUCAAAGCUUGCAGUUGCACACAGCACAGUGGUAUUGUCGAAAGUUGCUGCCACAGUCAGAAGCCAAGCCGUGGAUCACAAGCCACCCGGCGCUGCGAUUCAAGCUACAGCUGAUUGCAACACCAUCAGUUUUAUGAGAAACGGCAGUGGCACUCUGCUGCAGAAAUUCUUGUGGCUUGCUGCAGUCCAAAAUUCUUUACGUAGGCAAAGAAAUACUCCAUUGUGUAUUUUUAUGAGGGUUACAAAUGUUGGAUUUUUUUAUAUAUAUAUAGAAAAAUGUAGAAUGUAACCACAACUAUUGUAGCUCUGUUUGGGCAUCUCCACAUUUUUAAGAGAAUCAGAAUUUCAACAAUAAAAAAUUGGAAGUGGCCAGGGCCCUUCCG